GUUAGAUCCAAAGUAAAUGAUCCCAAUGCAGAUAAUAUAUCGCGUGCUUCUGCCAGAUCCAAGGCUAAGGAGCACAAUGAAGAUAAUAUAUCUCGUAUUUCUGCCAUAUCCAAGGCAAAGGUGAACAAUGAGGAUAACAUAUCGCGUGCUUCGGUCAAGUCCAAGUCUAAAGAUCACGAAGCGGAUAAUGUUUCCCGUGUUUCGGGCAAGUCGAAGGCCAUCGAUCGCGACGGGGAUAAUAUUUCCGUAAAGUCCAAGGGGAAAGAUGAGACCGACAAUCCAAUACACUUCGACGGAAGCAAAGCUUCGAUAAAACAGGUGGCCGACUACGUGAAGAAAGAGCUGCAGAUGUCGAUGACAACUUCAAAGGAGCUGGGCGAAAAGGCGGCGCUGCUCAGCGAUCGCCUCAGAGCCGGCAAUGAGUUCAAGCACAAUCGCUUUCACUCUCUGGUGCGCAUGUACACUCUGAAUGAGCCACUCAAGCGCUUUCGCGAUGAUCGCAUGUCCCUCUGGUUCAAGGAUGCAGUGCUUUCCUAGGUCGACCCACC